AGGACAGAAGCUGCCGCCGGCCAUGCCCUGCGACUCCUGCCAGUGCCUGGGCGACGCCAUGCUGGGGGUCCUGGGGCUGCUGGUGGUGCUGUGUGUGGGGCUGAACACGAGCAGCCUGCUCUGGCUGCACCUGAGACCCCUUGUCCAGCAUCUGCUCCACCUCUGCACCCCAAAAUUGGACGCUCUGAGCAGACCAGCCGCCCCCCCGGCCAGGCCCCGCAGCCCCCCAGCAGUGCCAGGAGCUUGGGGGGCCUCCAGCCCCACGGAGGCCGGCCGAAGACCCCGCCCGGGGGCCCAUCUCAGCUCCCGACGCCCCCCGGCCAGCGCCCCCCCCAGCCUGAAGAUGGAGGAGCCCGGGGCCCGUCCUGGAGCCUGCCCGGCCGUGCCCCACAAGCUGGGGGGCCACACGGCCCCACGCCCUGCCCACCGCGCCCGCGUCUAUGUGAGCCCCGGCUGGAGCCCGCCGCCCCCCAGCCCGGGCGGGGUCAGCUCCGAGGGCUGGCAGGGGGGCUCCGUGUGCCCCCCCAGCCCCUCCUUCGCCUGCUGGAACCGGGAGGGUUCGGGGGUCCUGCACUAGCCCCCCCACGGGGGACAAUAAACGGCAGAGUGCGGA